AUGCCUUCUUUUAAUGCUGACUUCGUGCCGCCCGCUGAUAUGGAAGCUUGGGGCUCACAGAUCGAUCGAGUGUGGCGAAAUUCGGGUCGACCCUUUCAGGGCACCCGAUGCUUACCAAUCAAGGGGCAAGAGGGACCGUUAUACCCUUUCCUAAGUGCCGCUCUCAAAGGCACCGCCACUGCUUUAGAAGGGCUUGCCCCUGCAGUCGAGUACUUGGCUGCGGGACUGCCAGGGGUCUACGGAGUAGCCGCACCGGGCCUCCUCCUGAACCUUCAACGCGCGCAAGGUGAAAUUGAGUACCUUUCCGAAUUCAUCCAGAGACAACGGCGUACAAUUGAGGAGCAGACCCAGGAAAUCAUGAUCUUAUCGCAAGAACUUUCCAAAUCGCAAGCUGUUAUCGCUGAGCAAGCCAACGACAAACCUGGUAUCUCAUCGAGUCUAUAA